ACCAAACCUGUGACAGCUUUCUGGGCUUCUGUGCGACCCGAAGGCGAGUGCGAUCAGCAGGGAAUGACGCUUUUAACUGCUUUAUUUCUCACGUAACUACAUCAGAAAUCCAAUAAAUAAACCGGUUUGCAUCUGAGCUGCCUAUAUUUACUUUUUAUACAUCUGUGUGAAGCCAGAACGAACAGUUUUCGCGUUAGCUCGCUUGCUAGCAAGCCUUUGUUUCAUACUCAGACCAGUGUGGCCAUAAAUUAGGAGUCAGCCUUUAGUUCCUGCAUGUUUACGCCGUAUACAGUUAUUUGACUCAAAUGAAAGUCGUUGCAUCCUUGAGGGCAUUGCACACCGACUUUGUUGUGGGAGAAAUUUAGCCGUCUAGUCUCUGUUGGCUUGUAUGAAUUGCGUCUUGGCUCGGUCGUGCAGAGGUUGCCAUGGAGCAGUGCGCAGCUCCGCAGCUCGAGAACACAAGUACACACUCUUCACCUACAGACCCAGCGGGAAAGCCUGGAGGAGAUGCCGGGGAGAUGACGGUUAAGGAUGCUUACGAGUGCCGGAUUUGUGGGUAUAAAGCGCAAGACGUUAAAUGUCUCAGUCAGCACCUGCACACCGCUCACCCUGUUACCAGUCUUUCUGACUCGGUGAGGAACGAGCGAGGUGACACGCUGGAGGAGGAGUGUGAGGAUGAUGCGGAGACUCCCUGCUUAAAUGGUGACCUGGAAAAGAGUAUUGUUAAGGAUAAACCGGCCACCGCUGAGGAAACAGAAUCUGCUUCCAAUCAGACUCCUGAAGACUCAAACGAGACCUCAUCCUCCACAGAUCCCAAAGAACAGGAAGAGAAGAUGGACGACUCACCCACUCCUGAAGAAUCGCAGAGCUCAUCCCCUGAGUUACCUCAGGAGAAGUCACCCUCCUCUUCAGGGACUAAGGACUCCUGCCAAAAGAGGCAAACGGUCUCCUCUGGCACGUCGACCCACAACCAGACUAACCUGGUUUGUCUUCCAUUGGUGUCCGAGGGAUUAAAGCUUAUCUGGGUGCGCUCAGAGCAGGUCCACGAGCUGGAUGCCGUGUCUGAACUCGUAGAGGCGUUUAAUGCAUUCCCAUACCCCACAUCCCAGGAGGCAAGCGCUUUAGCUCGCAAGUGUGCGCUACCGCCGGACAGAGUUAAAGCGUGGUUCAUGAUGCAGCGGGUACGUUAUGGAAUCAGCUGGGCUGACGACGACAUCCAAGAGACACGACGUAAGCUCUGGCACCUUCAAAAUAGAGCGGUUGCUGAGGAGUGUGUGGAAAUAAACGACGAGGACGAUUGUUUCGACCAUGAGGAAUCUCAACAUGUUGUUAUGCCGCAACCUGCGCCAAUUGCUAAUGUAGAUCAGAGAGACCAGACACCUAAACCCAGCCGGACUGUUCCACAGCACAUCUCCAGUGACCAAAACCGCUUGCAUUUUAUUCAAACUAACGCUUCCCAAUCCAACGGUGUACAGCAGUUGCUCAGCACUAAUGUUGUGUACAAAAACGGUCUUGGACCCACAUCCCAAGUUCCUCAAGUCAAUCCCCAAUUCCAAAGUGGGAGUAGAAACCUACCACCUCACAAUACUGGAGUCCAACUGCUUGAUUCGUCUGGACGUUCGUCGUACGAUCAACACGCCACAAUGUCGUACCCAGAGCUUCCUGAGCUUUCACAGUCUUUACACUGCUUACCGGGGAAAAAAUCAAAAGCGCAGCUGAUGGCUCUGCGCCGCAGUUUCGUACAGAAGUCUUGGCCCUCUGACGGCGAAGUUCAGCGGCUCCAAAAAAUGACUGGACUGAAUCGGCGUGAAAUCCGCAAGUGGUUCGCCGACAGCCGCUACCAGCUUCGCAGGAACGGCAGAGCUUGGUUAUCUAAGCUCGCAAGACGCAAUCGGUCGUUUCAGCUGAUGCAGCAGAACUCUCAAAACGAGAUGGAGAACGACGUUCUACCCAGCGCUGAUUUUUACGACAAUGACGAGGCUGACGACACAGAGGCGGGGUUUGAGGUCGAUGUGGAUUUGGGUGACGACGAUGGACCAGUCAACCAAUCAAAUGAGGCUAAGGAGGAAGUAAGCGAUGAAGGCGAGUUAGAUGACGGCAGCGCUUCCGUUCAACAAUAUUCUGCAGACAUCUCUCCCUCUCCUUCCCCGUCUCCGUCAUUCAGUCGCGGCCGGGUGGAACCGAAUGUGCGACUUCGUAAGAAGACGAGGGAGCAGUUGGAAAUUUUGCGGCAAAGCUUUCUUCGCUGCCAGUGGCCCACAAGCGACGACUACCUGAUACUACAACAGAAGACGGGCUUGACGCGGACAGAGAUCAUCCAGUGGUACGGAGACACGCGUUAUCACAUCAAACACAAUCAGAUGCGCUGGAUGACCUCAGAGGAGAGGGAACGCAUCAUCGCGGUUAUAACGCAACAGCAGAAAAGGGGCGGGAAGUAUUCACGGGGCAAAUUCUCAUUUGAGAACAUGGGCUCUGGGAUGAGUUUGGGUGAUCCUGCGUUAACUAACGGAGGUGGAAGAGGCGAAGCAACAGCAUGGAAUGAACUUUAUAGGGGAAGCACCCCAGUUCUGCCUGAGGGUGAACUCUGACCUCUGAAGCAAUGCCAGUUUGCGAUGGCAUUUGUAGCUGUGCAGAUAGGUGGAAGCUGAAUUCCACAUCACUGCCAAAGAUGUUACACAAAACUUUUUUGUCUCUCCUUUAACCUGUCUGGAUAUUUCCAUCCCAAUUUAAUGCUAUGAUCCAGGGCCUUGUAGAACCUCUGUCACAACAUUGUUAUGCAAUAUGUAUCUCCAAAACUAAGCAUCUUACUUGAAUCAAAAAUAUUUAGUAUUAGAGUAUGUACCUUAAAGUAAUUGAAACAAAAAUGUGUAUGGCAAGGCACUGAAUGACUGUACAAUGUAUUUUAUUUUGUAGCUUGUUUUAUCAGAGGUCUAUUCCUUGUGGUUCUCGGUGUGACUCAACAGAGCGAACGCAUGUGUGUUGCCAUUUUCAUGUUUAAGUUGCACUUCGAGCUUAGAUAUGUAGAUGUUUG